GUUAAAUCCGUUUGACCGAAUUGUUGACGGUUUUCGGGGAAUUCGAAACCCGCUGUAGCCGGUUGACGGGCGGUGAUGGUUUUGUUAAAAUCCGCCCCGACAAGCCCCGAAACCGCAUUUAGAGAACCCUAGCCCCCCUUCCCAUUUCAAUUCGCGAAAAAUCCUCUUUCUCUGAUAAAUCAAUCUCCAAGCCCGACCCUUCCCCUUCUGCCUUCUCCUCAAAUCUCGCAGUUUUCUCUUCGAUUGCAGAGAAAAAUGGCAAUAAUCCCUACAUUGAUUGCUCAAAAGAUCAGAUACCCAAUAAAUCUGUUGAAACCCCAUCGAUUUUUUUCGAAUCGAGCCUUUCCCGAUGGCGAUUAUAGCUGCACUUGCCCUUAAUCGACGCUUUCUCUUCGUCUUGAGCUUUAUCUUCUGCUUCUUCUUCAUGCAUGCCUUUAUAAAUAGUCUAAUUGAUUAUUUUUGCAAUUUUCAUCACAAAUUCACAGAACGCAAAGCCUCAAACCACUCUCGAAGCUUGUAGCUGCGUGUAAUCCCUGUUGAGAAUUCCAGUCACUGGAACUGCAAGGAGCACAACUGCACAAGCCGUAAUUCUUCUUGUAGCCUUACUCUGUGGAUUUGGUUCUUUCUAACUUAUGAGUGCGUGUUGCAUACUUGCAUGUUUAACGCAUCCCCUGUUUCGUGAUUUCUGUAGAGUUGCAGGGUUACUGACUGCCCAGUUUCAUUGAUCAUUAACUAAUCACGAAGGUAAUUUAGUCGAUUCUACAGUCUGGAGUCUUAUUAGUACUAGUCAUUAGUUCUUAGUUUCAGUUGAUUUAACCUUAGUUGUUUUCUUUUUCCUGUUGAUGAACAGGUGAGGCAAUGGAAGGUGUUGAAUUCAGCAACUCUCCCAACUCUCAAUCCACACCCCCACUCAUCAACCUUGAACCCGAGCAGCAGCAACCAUUGAUUGCUGGUGAUGCACCAGCAGCUGCUGUGAAUGAUGGUAAUGUAGUGACUGUUGCUAGUGAUGCACCAGUCAAUGAUGGUGAGCCUUCUCUACUUCCAUUUGGGGCCAAACGUCCAUUAAAAAGGAUGUUUGGCCUCACUUUACUAGGUUUGUUGAUAAGUCUGGUGUGAUGAAAGCUAAGUGCAAAUAUUGCCGUAAGAUUCUUGGUGGUGAUACUAGCAAUGGUACCUCUCAUUUGAGGAAUCAUAAAAAAGUAGGUGUUCAAAAACAUAUUUAUGAUGGCCAUCAGAAAAAUAUUGCCACUAAUUUCCUUCCAAAUAGUGUUCUUGAGAGGAAAGAAAUAUUUAUUGGUCAGUUUAAUGCAGAGGUUUCUAGGAAGGAACUUGUUACUAUGAUUUUGAUGCAUGAGUAUUGAUGCUCUAUGACACAACACCUAACAAAGGCCAAGUGUAACCAAUGAAAGGGACUGCAGUAUAGUGGCUCAAGUGAUAAAUAUCGAAUCCACGGGUCUCUAGAGUUACUAUUACUCAGCUCAGUUUAUUAUUUAGCAAAUCAGAUUAAGAUGAAAGAACUAAAACUACUCUAGCAAACUACAGUUAAAGUUAAUCUAAUUACAGGUUGGGAACUCACUUAGGUAUGAUUCCCCCUAGCCACUAGCCAGAUUAAUGAUUGAUGAUCUCUAACCUGUUUCACUUUCAUUCACAAUGCGGAGAAUCCUUGACUAGACCUUGAGUCUCGACUAAAGGAACAAGGCCCUC